AUGGGGCUGUCUCCAGCUGGGAGAUGGAUGCGGCCAGGAGAGGAAGAGUCUUGCAUUGCUGGAUGUCAGCAAACAAGGGUGAAGCUGCCCUUGGAUCUUGUUGACGAAGUUGGUGUUAGUCUGGUGGGAAUAUGGCCCGAGGCAGUCGUGUCGCAGGACGCCACCAGAGGCAUGCCGUCCUCUGCAGGCUCUGCAUCUCCCGGGUCCAAAAGCCAGAGUCUACUGACCCUUUUGAUAAUCCUUCUUUGGACAUGGCCUUCAGAGCACACUUUCCCUCUCAACCAAUGCCCUCCAUCAGUCGAUUCAUCUGGCUGUUUCUUCACAGUGAACCACAGCAUGUACUCUGUCGCAAGUGCUGUAGUUAUGAACCACAGGGAUAUAUCCAAGUCAGUAUCUGACUUGUCACUAAUGCCCAGACCACCUGGUCAAUACUGGAUCUGGUUUAAUUUGGAACCUCCACAGCAUCUCAGCAACCUCACGCUGAUGGACAAUAUCUUCAACCUCACUAUGUCUUACAGGUUGGACUCUGAUAUCUUUACCCCUUAUGGCUGGAUUGAAAAGAAUGAUGGAACAGAAAAUUUUACAGUACCUCGGAAAACAAAGCUUGUGGCUUGGGUAGCUAGUAACUGGAAUCCAGUGCUCAGGCGAAUACAGUACUAUAACCAGAUGAAGAAGUAUAUUCACGUUGAUGUCUACGGGAAGAACAAUUUGGAGUUGCCAAAAGAGAAAAUAUCUCUGUCCGAAUAUAAAUUCUACCUUUCUUUCGAGAACUAUGCUCACGAAGACUACAUCACAGAAAAGCUUUGGUUCAAUGCUUUCCGCGUGGGAACAGUGCCGGUGGUAAUGGGCCCUCCGCAGAAGAACUAUGAGCGUUUCAUCCCCCCUGACUCCUUCAUUCAUGUCGAUGACUUUUCAUCCCCCCAAGAACUGGCUUCCUAUCUUCUGAGUCUGGACCGGGAUGAUGAGCGUUACUACAAGUAUUUCAACUGGAGAGCCAAUUAUAAGCCAUCACAGAUUACAAGUAUUUGGGUGGCUGACUACUGCAAAGUAUGCAAAGCAGUGAAAGAGGCUCCUCCUUAUAGGACUUGUCCAAGUAUUGUCAACUGGUUCAAAUAA